GGAGGUCGGAGGCGGCGGCCUGCAGGUGAGGGGAGCGCCGAGGCUGGGGGGCAGGAAUGCUGGGGUCUUAUCCCCGAAACGCGCAGUUGUCGAUUGUUUUUCCUUCCAGGUGACGCAGACCCCCCUCAGGGCUGUAACAGAGCAACUCCUGCAUCUCCCGCCAAAGAGACGAGAAGCUGGGAGCUGCCCCGCGGUAUGGGAGGUCGGGGGUCUCCACUAGAAACCAGCUUACCGCACCAGGCACAGUUAAGCGGUGAUCUCGGGCUAUUCGAAGAGGAUGAGGAACUCGAAGGUUUCAUGCGGGAGGCAGCAGUCCUGCGUGAAAAGCUGCGGGAGGCUCUGAGUCAUACAUCUGGUAACAAAAGGCAGUCCAGUUCCUUGAUUGACCUCACCUUGGACAGUACCUGGGAGCAGCAAAAGCCUAAAUCCUGCCUGAGGCCAAAAAGUGCUUCAUCUCCCUGGAUUCCUUCCAUCACCAUCCCUCAGCCUUUCAAAAUGACGCUGCGGGAAGCUCGCAGAAAGUCCCAGUUGAUGAAGGCAUACAUGUUUCUUGAACUAGACAAACACAGAGAUAAAAGGCAAAGCCAGGAUGAAGCUGAAUGUCAGAAACAAUUCCGGGCACAGCCUGUACCUGCCCAUGUGUUUCUGCCCCUUUAUCAGGAAAUAAUGGAGCAGAAUGAGAUUCGCAGGCAAAUAGCAACACAGAAAAGAAAGGAGCUGCUAAUUUCAACUCAGCGGCCCUUCAGUUUCCUGGAGAAGGAGGAGAAAAAGAAAGAAGCUAUCAGACAAAAGUUCCUGGCAGCAGCAACCCCAAAUCAGAGCUCCAAACAGAAGCAAGCCAGUAAAAAAGUUCCUAAAUCUACUUAUGAUCCACUGCUUGGAGAUAAACUCAAAGAAGCUGAACUCUACAGAGAAAUCCGCAUUCAAAUGAGAGCAAAGGAUUUGCUUAAGAGCUCCGUAGCUCCCAUAGAUACGAGCGCCUGUCGGAGAGAGCCUCAGUCCCGGACUGCCACUAAAACUAAGCAGGAAAGACUUGGCUUCUUGCAGGACAAAAGUUUCAGCUUCAAGCCAAGGAUUAAUACAACAGUACCGGAUUUUGAAGGACUUUACUGGGCAUUUCAGAGGGAAGCAGUGAGGAGGCAAGAAAUCAAAGAGGCAACUCGUAAUAAGCCAUUCAAGCUAAGAACCUCCAGUCUCCAUGGCAGGCAGAGGCAGGCUAAUGACAAGACAAAGGAUUCUCAGCCACUUUCCAAGGCUUCAGUGCAAAGAAGUCAUUCUUUGACUGGCCUUUCCUCUCUCUCCUCCAACACCCUUCCAGUGUACAUUACAGAUGCAACUAGAAAAAGAGAAUCUGCUAUUAGAUACUCCCAAGAUACCAAAAAGGAAGGGGAAAAAGAAGGAAGGAAUUGGGUGGAAAAACAGAAAAAGAAGUGUCAGGCUCUCCAAAAGUCAGUAAACAGCCGAGCAAAAGCUCUGGAUCCACAUCAAAGUCUGGAGGAAACACACAAGGAGAAGAUGAAACAGAACUGGUUAGUAUCCUAUUUGGCACAGAAAUAACCAUUUACUUUACUAAC